CUAGUCUGCGCUCGUGCGCACCGUUUUGGUGGCGCAGCUCUUCACCCUGGCCAAUUUGAAUGAGAAGGCGGAAAGGCUUUGAAUAGGAAACAAUUUCUCAUUCUCAUCACCAACAUCGCUUGGUUCACGCUCCAAGACUGUUCGCCAUGGCGUUUCACACCAACUUGCCGCUCCCACCCUCCACUACAUUGACCCGCAGCGUGUCUGACACCCUGAAUCGCAAGCUCAAUUUUCUCGAGAACGACUCCGAUGCCGAUCUCUUUUCUGGAAGGCCUGGACAAAGCCUUGGACGAGCGGUUUUGGCUCGGAUAUCGAGUGAUCCUUCUUCCAGUACUCGCAAGGUUCUGACCCGACCGAUCGAAUAUCCAGGCAAUUCUCCCAGCCUAGCAGACGACACCAACCCCACAGGGGAUGGCAUACGGCAAAGCUUUCCGUACUACUCGAGAAACACGAACAACAGGCGGCGGGACCAGCGAAGCCUUUCCGAGAGCGGUUCUGGGAUUAGAGGCGCUUAUUCGCGAUCCCUCACUACCGAUACGGCAACGGCGCAGGCAGUCAAGACAGCACGGUACCCGGUGCUCUAUGAGAAACUCAAGGCACCGGCGGCCGCGAAAAAAGCGUUGAAGAUCUGGAAAGAGAGGAAGCAAGGCGCGGUGGGGGAGAUCCCCGCCGGUGCUCUUGCGCUGGAGACACAUGACCGGCCUCUCCUCCGAGAUGGCCGGACAGCGUCCGAUAACAAUGGCUCAGGCCGGACCGCUCAAGUGCAGGAUCCCGGUGAGGUUUACCGCUGUGACCGGACACCUCUCCCCUCCGCCGCUUCUCCAGUUACCGCGCCUUCGACCUCCGGGGCGCUCGUCGCUAGUCGCAAGGCAAGGGCUGCCAACGACUUCCCGCCGCAGCACAUGACAUUCUUCGGACCCUUGCUCGAACAGACGAAGCGCGGGAGGCGUCUUCGCAUCACCUGCACACUGGAGAAGUCGUACCCGAACUUCCACAUUGAGUGCGACUACACCUAUGUCGACAAGUCGGAGAGAGUUAACUCCAGUCAAACGGACACGCGCAUAUCGUCUGCGGUCAUUAGAACAAGAGAAAACAUCUGGAUUGUCGUUUUUGAGCAGAUGGGAUACAAUGAGGAGUUCAUAAAGGGGCUCGUGGGCGAGACGGAAUAUGCCAGGCUGGAUGGCGACGUGGGCGAGCCGAUCAAGGGCCAUGGAAAGACAUCUGACCUCGCGACUGUGAAGGUCCAUAAGAAAAUCAAGAUCCCCGAGGGGUUUGACCUGGGCGGGAUAUGGUGCAAGGCAGCCGACUUUUACGAGAUGAGGAUCUAUGUUCCGGCGAAGGAAUACAAACACAAAGAAUGACUUGUGAGGCUGCUUAAUAUUAAUCAGGUAGGCACUUGUUCGAGUUCUGCUAUAGUGCUUGAUAAGCGGUUCAAUGAUUUAAUAACUA